CCUUUAACACCAGAGGGAUUCAAGUUGAACCCUAUUUCACCCAGAAAAUCGUGUGGAGCGUAUUUAUCUAUUAUUAUAUAUUUCAAUUUAAAUUGUUUAUCUUUCUUUUGUUGAUUAGUUAAUAUACAUCGAUUAGAUUGGCGACUCAACUAAAUAUUCUACGGUAUUCGCUCAAAUCUAAAUAUUACUUGGCCAAAGAUCAUACAUCUAACAGUAAAUAGAGAAUUUAGACGCAAUGGAUACACCGCGUGAGUAUGUUUUGAAACGCAGAGAUGGAACAAUAGUUGUCAGUAGAUAUGGAUCCAUUGGCGCAGCAAAGCCCGGUCAGUAUCCUUCUGAAGGUAUCGGAAACCCACCCGCUAAACCAGUGCUCAGAUUGCCUCAAGGUUCCUAUGAACUAGAUAAUCUGAAAGCGAGAGUAAUGUCUGGUUUUAAUGACUCCCGGCCCAUCUCACCCGAUUUGGUAAAUUUGUUUCUUUACAAAUUUUUGGAAACCCUCAACGGUAAUCGCCUGUCUGCAGAAUGGACAUCGUUUGGAAUAACUAUUGGACGAGCAGGGCAAACAAUGAAACCCAUGGAUUUAGUCACUGUAGUAUUUGAUUUGCCACAAAUACAGUUUGAUGCUAUGACUAACCCUACUCCUCCGAUGGCAGUUGCCUUACUGGCACUAGGGUCAUUUAGGUUGGAAAGGUGUAAUGGAAGCAAGAAUAAGCUUAUGGAUGAACUGAAAACUCUUUAUGCCCGUCUCUCUGGAGGAACUCCUUUCCCAAAUUUUGAUCAAUUUUAUGGUAUAGCCUUAAGCAAUGACAAAAACUUUCAAAAAAUUUGUGCAGCGGUAGAUAUGUUUGUGGAUAAAUUUGUCAAUACAGAAAUAACUUCUCUACGUUUCGGAACACUCGAUUCAAGAUAUAGGGGGUGUACAGCUCUUGUUUUAACUCGUCAUAUCGAAGAAAAAUUCUUCGGAGGUUCUGCCUGCAUCAAUCGAUGGUCAUUGGCCAAAUCUCUGUUCAACGAGUUCGACAAUUUAACCCAUCCAAAUCAAGAAAUUGACAAGAAUGAUUCAUACAUGCCCUACAUUUUAGAUUUUGGUAUUGUUACAAGAUCUCCUUAUUCUGUCAAGCUAAAUCCCUCCAUUGUUUUGUUAGUUAAUAUUGUCGGGACCUUAAUGCAGCUGCCAAGAUUUUACAAUGCUCAAAUGCUUCUUUGCCCAGGACUCAUGGAUAUUUUGAAAAAUGGGCUUUUUAUUGCCUACGCCAUCGCAAAAUCUGGGAAUUCAGAAUUUGUUGGUUCUGAUAAUAGUAAAAAUCCUGAACCAGUCACUGCAGAUCCGGAUGCAUGGAUUGAUUGGUUUGAACGGUACAACUUCUUGCCAACGAGCGAGAUGAAAAGAUUUGCCAGGAACCGAACUUCAGGAAUCACUUUUGCUCAACAGACUGUCGGAAAAUGGGUGAAUUUUCACUAUCAUCAAUAAAUAGCUAGACAUAUUAAUGGUCUUAAAAAGUUUUAUUUUAGUUUUCGUUAUCGCAUUCGCUUCCAAAGAUCACACACGAAAAAUCUCCCCCAAAAUAAUACAUCAACAUAGUAUUAACACGACAAGUUCAAAAUUAAAUGUUUAAAAUAACUCCAAACAUUUAAUAACAUUAAGAACCAACAG